AUGUUCAAGCGUGCUUUUUGCACUGGGCAUCGUGUGCUGCAACAAAUAUCGAAACCUCCUGCAUCGCUUUCGCACCCUGACUCCGAGUUCCUCGCCAAAUACUAUCCCAAAGAACUCAUCAAAUCCAUACAGCUUGCACAAUCGGUCAUCCCACCGGACACCAAGUUUCGUGUCUCUGACAAUGUCGAGUUUGCACCCUCUUACCUAGACGACUUCUCUAGGAUCGAUUCCUACUGGGAUUACAAGCCAGGAACGCCGCAUCUGCACUCAUUUGACGCUUCCACUCAAUACACAUUCGACGACGUCAGCCAGCCACUUCCUAAUGGACGGGUCAUAGCACCUGGUGCCUCACUCCCUCGUCCUGAUGGAACCAGGGCUUCCGCUGCCGCCGAUAUUGCCAGAGGGCUGCAGCGACAAACAGGCAUCGAUCCCGAUUUUGUGACCCGCAAACUGACAAUGCGCCCUCUGGUGAUGAAGCGUGUCUCGAAUCAAACAGGAAAGGGUAAAAUUCCAAGUUUCUACGCUCUGGUCGUCGUAGGAGACAAGAACGGUAUGGUUGGUCUAGGAGAGGGCAAGUCCAGAGACGAGAUGUCGAAAGCUGUUUCCAAAGCCCAUUGGGACGCCGUGCGUAACCUGAAGGAAAUUCCUCGCUACGAGAACAGAACCAUUUUUGGAGACAUCGACCACCGCUACCACGGUGUCAAGCUUUUCCUGAGGUCUGUCAAGCCAGGUUUUGGUUUGAGGGUGAAUCAUAUCAUUUACGAGAUUUGCGAAUGUGCAGGUAUCAAGGAUCUGAGCGGUAAGGUCUACAAGAGUAGAAAUGAAAUGAACAUCGCCAAGGGCACCAUCGAGGCUCUGACCGAGUCUCAAAAGACGCUGGACGAAAUCGCAUUGGGGAGAGGUAAAAAAGUGGUCGACGUCAGAAAGGUAUACUACUCUAGUUGA